CAGUCUCAUUCGAGUCAUUCGACGACAACACGAGAAGCACUCACGCGAACGAAAACUAAGAAAAAAAACAAGGAACCAUCCGGUUGCUUGAUUAUUUCAACAUGGAAUACUCCUAUGUAUUUAUUUAGUUACUAUUUAAUUUCUUCCUAUGAACCAUGUUUACAUACUGUGCGAGAACGCGAAACUCCUUGAUUUUCUCGACCAAACGAUGGAUGGUUUCUUCCCGCGUCGCGGCUCGCUCUUUGUCGUCCGGUUACGAUUCCAAGGACAGCGUCUACCAUCGCGCUGAGCUUAAGAAGAAAGCUAAGAGAGUCAUAGUCAAGCUUGGCUCCGCUGUGAUCACGAGAGGAGACGAGUGUGGUGUGGCCCUGGGAAGACUGUCUUCCAUUGUGGAACAGCUUGCAGAAUUGCAGAACUCGGGUCGUGAGAUGCUCCUUGUGACAAGUGGAGCUGUGGCUUUUGGAAAACAGAAACUUCGCCAUGAAAACCUGCUUUCCCAAAGUGUCCGUCAGACCUUGAAGCCACAGGAUGGUCUAAAUAAGGAUAAUGGGGUGAUAGAGCCUAGGGCGUGUGCGGCAGUGGGCCAAGGGGGCUUGAUGUCACUGUAUGAAGCCAUGUUUGCCCAGUAUGGUCUCACAUGUGGGCAGAUUUUGCUAACUCGGCCUGACUUACGAGAUGCCUAUGCGCGUGAGAAUCUUCGCAGCACUGUAGAAGCCCUGAUAUCCAUGAAAUGCAUCCCAAUCAUCAAUGAAAAUGAUGCUGUUGCUCCUCCGCCUGGACUUGAUCAGGACUUAGCAGGGAUAAAGAAAGGACCGGUGAUAAGCCUAAAAGAUAAUGACAGCCUGGCAGCCCUGCUAGCAGUAGAGAUCAGGGCAGACUUGUUGAUUCUGCUGUCAGAUGUGAAUGGCAUCUAUGAUGGGCCCCCUGAUAAUCCCCAGUCCCAGAUCAUGCACACAUUUCACCCGGACAACUUCAAGGACGUUACCUUUGGGUCAAAGUCACGGGUUGGGCGAGGAGGCAUGGAAUCGAAGGUGAGGUCAGCGGUCUGGGCUCUGGAGCGAGGGACGUCUGUGGUGAUAGCUAAUGGGACUGGAGAAGACUACCACGUGGUCAGGGAUAUCAUCAAUGGGCGUAAUGUAGGGACAUUUUUCACAACCGCUGAGCAAAUCGGACCGUCUAUCGAGGACCAAGCGACCAAAGCUCGGGACGGUGGACGAGCUCUGCAGGCGCUGUCCGCUGAACAGCGAAAGCAAAUAAUCUAUAAGCUGGCUGAUCUGCUAAUCGAGCGCAAGACAGAUAUCCUUGACGCCAACACCAUGGACCUUGAGGCCGCACGGCAAGAGGGCAAGCUGCCCGCGCCUAUGAUGGCGCGAUUACUGCUGACCCCAUCCAAACUUGAGCAGCUGGCUCAGGGUUUGCGUCAGAUCGCUGACGGCUCGCACAAGAAUAUCGGGCGGGUGCUGAGGAAGACGCGAGUGGCGAAGGACCUUGUGCUACAGCAGGAGACAGUGCCUAUUGGUGUGCUGAUGGUCAUCUUCGAGUCCCGUCCUGAUGCCCUUGUUCAGGUUGCAUCUCUCGCGAUAAGUACCGCCAAUGGACUGCUUUUGAAGGGCGGCAAGGAGGCGUAUCAUAGCAACAAGUGUCUCCACAGCCUCGUGCAGGAAGCCCUUGAACUGCACGCCUCGCCCGAGGCCGUCAGUUUGAUUAGCACACGAGAUCAAGUCGGGGAUCUUCUCAAGUUGGAAGGGCUGAUUGAUCUAGUGAUCCCACGUGGAUCACCCGAAAUGAUCCGGCAGAUUCAACAAGACAGCAAGGGGAUACCUGUGUUGGGACACUCAGAUGGCAUCUGCCACGUGUACAUGGAUAAAUACGCAGACUUCGAGAUGGCCGUGGACAUAGUGGUGGAUUCUAAGUGCGAUUACCCCGCUGCGUGCAACUCCAUGGAGACUCUCCUCGUUCACCGUGACUUGCUUGGUACAAGCGCACUGGACAAAGUACUCAAAGCUCUGAGAGAACGCGGGGUGAAGAUCUACGCCGGUCCCAGGCUCGUCAAAGAGCUCCCUCUGGGACCCCUCCCUGCGUCCAGUAUGAGCAUCGAGUACGGUGGCCUCGAAUGUGCCGUUGAGAUCGUGGAAAAUGUCGAGGAUGCCAUCGCCCACAUCCACAAGUUUGGCAGCUCCCACACUGAGAGUAUCAUCACCAAUGAUGAUGAGACAGCUAAUAAAUUCCUGAAGAGUGUCGAUAGCGCAUGCGUGUUCCAUAACGCCAGUACGAGGUUCGCAGAUGGCUACCGGUUUGGGCUUGGUGCCGAGGUUGGCAUCAGCACAGGCCGCAUUCACGCACGUGGGCCUGUAGGAGUUGAGGGCCUUCUCACGACCAAGUGGACCCUUCGCGGCGAGGGACACACAGUAGCGGACUUUGCAGAUGGAGGGACCUACACAUACCUGCACGAGGCCCUUCCCUUGGAUAGCCCUGAUGGUCCCCAGGACUCCUCGGAUUGCUCGUCUUGUUCAGAUAAUGAGAAAGAACCGGAAGUAGAAACCGAAAAAAAGUAUGAUCAGUAGCAUUAUAGUGGGAUUAAAAUGCAGGAUAGGUUCAGCACACUAUAUCAGACUUGCCGUCAUAGAAUACAGGCCGUCUUAAAUUACAUGCCGUCAUAGAAUAUACGUCCUCAUCAAGACAGGCCGUCAUAAAAGACGUACCGGAAACUUUUAAGCUGACAGCUCUACUCACCGGACACUUGUAAACGGACAGCACCACCGAUGAUGACCUCUCGUAAGCGGAUAGAUCUACUCACCGGACAUUUGUAAACGGACAGCACCACCGAUGGACCUCUCGUAAGCGGAUAGUUCUACUCACCGGACACUUGUAAACGGACAGCACCACCGAUGGACCUCUCGUAAGCGGAAAGAUCUACUUACCGGACAUUUGUAAACGGACAGCACCACCGAUGGACCUCUCGUAAGCGGAUAGGUUCUACUUGUGCCUCAGCUUUGAAUAAAAACUGGUGUUUCUGGAUACGGAUUGCAUCAACUCUUUGUAUAUGUCUUUUUGUCUGGGAUUCCUGUGUUGGUCAGCCCCGAACCCUCGUAGGCGCUGUUGCAAACCACAGGAAACCCAAGAUAAGUGUUAAGAGCUAAGACUUGGAGUCAACGACAAUUUUAUCAUGCCUCUUUUGCAUGCCUUACUAGAAAAGGAACGUUUUUUUCGUGCAUAAUACCGUGGGAACACCGCCACCGCCUGUUAGCAGCAUGCAAGCCGCCAGGUAGUUUGUGACUGACUUAUGACUAGCCAAAAAGCGUAGCCACUCAGUAUUUAAAGUGCGUCUGUAACAGACUGUGUAAGGUAUUUUUAUCUUGAAACCAAUAAAAACGUAUUUAGUUUGGCAAAA